AUGAGGUCAUUGUACAAGAAAUUUCCUGAUUUGAAGCCAGUGUAUAGGAGUUGUAUUUAUAAUUCUAAUACAACACUUGAAUUUGAGGAGUGUUGGCAGAGCAUGCUAUGUAGGUUUAAUUUACAAGAUCAUAUAUGGUUAAAGAAGCAGUUUAGGAUACAUGAACACUGGGUGCCUUGUUACUAUCGUGAUACCUUUUUUGCUGGUAUGAGUACGACACAGAGGGGAGAGUCAAUGAAUAAGUAUUUUAAGGGCUUCUUCACAUCUGCAACACCUCUAAAUGAAUUUGUUACCCAAUAUGAAGAGGCUGUGAAGAAAAGAAGAGGAAAAGAAGCUAAGGAAGAUGCUGUCUGCAUCACCUCAUCCCCUACUUGUUUUACAGCUCACAGAAUCGAGAAACAAGCCGCUACUGUUUAUACGACAAAGGUGUUCAAGGUGUUUUCGGAAGAGUGGUAUGCAUGUUUUGGUUUGGAAGCAAAUCAAUGUGAUGAUGAAAUUAUAGAGAAGAGGUACAAGGUCUUUAAGAGAGAUGGGAAUUGA